UAAAACUAUCUGGUGACACGGAGUCAGGAACCAGAUCAGACCUCCCUGUUUCCACAAAGGCCAGACUGACCAGCUGUGAAGCGCUUCAGAAUGUCAGACCUAGAGAGGAAGAUGGUUGAGGGCACCCCUCUCGAGACUUUUAAAAGGAACAAAUUGGAAAUAUCCAAGGCAGUAACUACUCUUUUUCCUUUCCUGGAGAUGCUGCGAGACCACUCUCUUAUCUCUGAGCAAAUGUACCAUCGUGCUCAGAAGGAGUACCAAAAAUUGGUCCCUAUGUCCAAGGGGUACCAAUGUAUAUACCACAUCCUGAAGGAGCUGGAGAAGAAAUUCAGCACCAAGGUCCUGGAAGUCUUGUUCCACCCCAUCAAUCUAGAGGAAUACCCAGCAUUAGUUCAGAUCCAAAAGCACUUCAAAGAUGGCGAAUCAGCAUCAGGAGCCAAUGUGGGGCAUCCUGUUCAGAGAGGCAGCCUUGAGAAGAGGGCAUCAGCUGUCUGCUCCCCUCAAAGCUCUGUCCAAGGUUCUGGAAAGGCCAAAGAUCCAAAGAUGAAUUUCCAUCUCCCUGAACUUCCUGUCACCUGUGGGGCGGCAAAGGGGACUUUACACAAGAAAAAAAUGGAGAAAGGCUCUUCGGAGAAGUGCAUCGAGAUGGCAGAUGGGACGUGGGUCACCCUGAAGGAGUUUGAAAUCAAAGGCGGCCGCGAACUUGCCAAGAACUGGAAGAAGAGCAUCCACUGUGGUGGUCACACACUGCAGUACCUGAUCGAGAAAAAAUUUCUGACUUAUUCUCCAAAAACACCUGGCAAGAGAAAAAAGACCCUCCCUGAAGAUGAAACUAAUAGACAGCCAACAGCCAAGAUAAGUACACCUCCAUGUCAGGCUGCACCUGCCCAGAAUGCACCUCCGUCUGAACCUCAAAGAAGUUGCUUCCAGAAAAAGAAGCAGGGACCGGGAAAGACUCCGUCCCGGGUGCCAGUAGUUUCACUGGCCGAUCGACCAAAGUACCAGGCCCAACUCCAAGCCAGGAAAUGGAUUCACGUGACAUGCGGACAAAGCAGUGAGCGCUUGUUCAAGAACCGAUUUGCCUCACUCUAUAAGGGAAAAUGCAUCCUGACAGCGAGAGGGUGGUGUACCCCGCAAGAGUUUUUGGCCACAGGCCCUGAGAUCGAUAUGUCCAAAUGGACCCAUAACAUCCGCUGUGGCAAACUGACCCUGCAGACCCUGAUUGAGAACAACAUCUUGAAGCUUCACCCGGACACCUGCACCUGUGAAAUCUGCCAGGAUGAGGACCCCUUCCCAGAGCAUGAUGAUGAGAGUUUCAUGUAUGAAGAUGAAGGUGAUCCAUGCUUUUGUGCCUCAUGCAAAGCCCUCCACAGGGACUGCCACAUCCCCGGUGUCUCUUCAGAGAUUAGCCAGAUGUCACCCCUGGACCUAUCCAUAACUGUGGACCUGGUGUCGACCAAGCUCUGGAUGCCAGCUAAAGAAGUGACCUGUCGAAUGGGACUCUUGCAGCAGGAAUGGCUCUACAUCCACUUUCAGCAGCAAGUAGCAAUGAGAGAAGAGACCUUCGCCCCUUACCCCAUGAUUUUGAGCCCCAUUUGUUCGAGGGGGGAAUAA